AUGACCGCCCAGAAAUGCGCUGCAGUCGUCGUAGGUGCCGGCCCAGCUGGUCUGGCUGUUAUCGGGAAUCUACUUGAACGACAACUCGCUGGCAAAAUCGCCUGGAUUGAUCCAUCGUUCCAAGGAGGUCGUGUCAACAGGCAAUAUCGCGAGGUGCCUAGCAACACCAAAGUCUCCCUCUUCCAAGCAUACUCGACAGCCGUCCAACCAUUCCGCAACGUUAUCAGCUCAACACCCACACCGAAUCCGUUCGCUACGCUGGCCAAACUCGACCAAGAUAAGACCUGUCACCUGCACCAUGCCGCUGAUAUGAUGCGCGCCCUCACCGACGGUAUCGUCAAGAUGGAUCAAGUCUACGCAUGUCGGGGAUCAGUCGUGGCUGCGAACCAGACAAGAAACGCAAACUGGACUGUCUAUGUCCAACGACCAGGCUCCUCCGAUGAGAUCCAACUCAUUACACCCCGCUUAAUCCUCUGCACUGGAUCACACCCGACAUCUCUCCCCGUUCCCGUAGCUGGACUCGACAACCUCCAGAGGCUGGACCUUGAUGUUGUCCUCAAACCCAGCGACCUUGUCUCCGUCAUUCCCCGCUGCCACAGCCAGACCGUUGCCGUCGUAGGCGCCUCGCACAGUGCUAUCCUCGCUCUCUUCAACCUCUUCGAUCUCGCCCGUACCACGCAUCCCCAGCUCCGCGUAAAGUGGUUCACUCGUCAUCCGCUCCGGUACGCAGAGUUCAUGGACGGAUGGAUUCUGCGCGACAACACCGGUCUGAAGGGUAUGGCGGCCGACUUUGCCCGGCAACAGCUUGAGGAUGAAGUCCUGUCCAAAUCCGAGGCGGGCCGAUUCAUCAGCAAGAUCGAUUGUAGUGGGGGUCCUGACCGGGAGAAGAAGCAGAUGGCAGCGCAUCUACCCUCGUGCUCGCAUCUCGUUCAGGCGAUCGGGUUUACCCGGGAUCCGCUGCCGGAGUUGUCUAUCGACGGUUAUGCGUUGGACAAGCCGCAGUUUGAUCACGAUUCCGGUGGGUUUAUGACGGAGAGCGGUCGGGCUGUGCGGGGAUUGUUCGGUGCUGGCAUCGCGUUCCCGGAACGAGUGGUCGAUCCGCAUGGUAAUGUCGAGUAUGCUGUUGGACUGUGGAAGUUUAUGAAGUUUUUGAAGAAGGUUACUCCCCAGUGGGUAGUAGCUUCGCCUUGA